UUUGCACCAAGCACACUUUAUGGAUUCUGACAACUCCUGCUGGAUAAAUGACUGAUUCUCUUUACUGAAUGCUCAAAAGUAGUGAUAAUCUAGGAGAUCCUGGGUGGUAGUUGAUAUUUACAGUUGAAGAUGUUGCUCUACAUGCUCACCUUCUUUAUGCUUCUCAUGACUGUAAAUGUCCAAGCCAAAUGUGUGAGGCCUGUUGUUGGGGAAAACAGAAUUUUAUCUGGUGAAUCAAAUGAACACACCUUCUCUGAUGGAUCAUCUGUAACAUUCAAAUGCUCACCUGGUUAUGUGCCUGAGAGAUCAUCUGCUUCCAGGUCUAUCAUCUGUAUGGGGACCCAAUGGAACGACCUUCAGCUUCAAUGCAAAAAAAGAUCAUGUGGAAAUCCUGGUGAGAUCUUCAAUGGAAAGUAUUUAUUUCAAGAAGGAAUUAUUUUUGGUGCAACCAUUACAGCACAAUGUAAUAAAGGAUUUCGGCUUGUUGGACAACCACAAAGAAAUUGCAGAGAAACUGGUUGGGAUGGAAGAGCUCCUGUUUGUGAAGUGGUAAAGUGUCUAAAACCUCCCAGUAUAGCAAAUGGCAUGUUUAAUCCUGUGGCAGACUCAUACGAUUAUGCAAAUGUAAUCACCUACUCUUGUAAAGGAGGUCUUGAUCUUAUUGGAACUUCAGAACUAUCAUGUUCUGAUGAUGGAACCUUUCAGCCUCCUGCUCCUCAGUGUCUGUUUGUGUCCUGUGAGAGACCAGUAAUCCCUAACGCAAUAAGAAUUGAAGGAAAAUCACCACCUUAUAAAUAUAAGCAGUUUGUCCGCUAUCAGUGUAAUAAAGGCUACAGAAUGGAAGGGUCUGACUUCCUGAUAUGUACAGAAGAUGGGUGGAAUCCACGUCCUCCUCAGUGCACUGUUAUAACUUGCUCAAAACCUCCUGAUAUAGCCAAUGGACAAUUUUACCCAUCAAAACUGUUAUAUGAAUAUGGACAAAGCGUCACAUACUCUUGUGAUACAGGUUUUAGACUUAGUGGAAUUUCUACAAUAGUAUGUACUGAUGAUGAAACAUUUCAGAAGUCUCCUCAGUGCCUGGAGGUGACCUGUGAUGCACCUAAUAUUAAAAAUGCAGUCAUAGUUAAAAGAAAGACUUCACCCUAUAGAUACAAAAUGACCAUCCAGUACCAGUGUAAUGAAGGCUACAGCAUGGAGGGGUCUGACCUCCUGACCUGUAAGGAAAACGGAUGGAACCCACCUCCUCCAAAGUGCAACAUUGCGACCUGUUCAAAACUUCCUGGGAUAAAAAAUGUACAGUUUAAGCCCCUAAAGGAGUUUUAUGAAUAUGGAGAAACAGUCACGUACUCAUGUGAGGAAGGGUUUAGACUUCAAUUUACUUCGACAAUAUCAUGUACUGAUGACGGAACAUUUCAGACUUCUCCUCGGUGUUUGGAGGUGACCUGUGAUCCACCCAAUAUUGAAAAUGCAGACGUAGUUGGAGAAAAGGCACCAUCCUAUACAUAUAACAUGACCAUCCAGUACCAGUGUGAAGAAGACUACACCAUGGAGGGGUCUGACCUCCUGACCUGUAAGGAAAAUGGAUGGGAUCCACCUCCUCCAAAGUGCAACAAGGUGACCUGUGAUGAACCUCCAACUAACAGAAUAUGUAUAGUUGAAAACAAAGCAAAGUAUUAUGAACAUAAAUCAUUAGUCCAAGUCCGUUGUAACCCUGGAAAUACAGAAUGGACUUAUGACAUUAUCUGUGAAGAAAAUGGAUGGAAUCCAGCUCCUUCACAUUGAUGGAAUCAGAAAAACCCUACUUCGUCAUGUUUAACAUGCGAAAUUAAAGAAUGCUUUAAGUGUAUAUUCAGAAAUGUCCAAAUUAACCAAUUAGUGAAAUUUUGUUUUGCAGAAACACUGAAACUGAAAAAAACUGAUAGCUUCUUCCUACUUUUUAAACGAAACACAGUGUAUGUAUGCAUAAAUGCAUGUACAGUACAGUAUGUAUGUAAAAUAAAUGAAUUUCCUGAAAUGUCA